CUCCAUAUUUUUGGCGGGAAAUAAUAGUAAACAAAGCAUUUAAGAAAACGAACAAGCAACGCGGGUUAUGGAAAAAUAUUUAACAAAAAUGCCCAUCAAAUCAAAAGCAAAUGAAGUUCCCAAGGAAGAGGCGGGCGUCAAAAAGGAGACUCCCAAAGUGGCAAGGAAAGCAACAAAAAAGGAUACUCCAAAAGAGUUGAAAGAUAAAGAAAAUGCUGGAGAUGAUAAUACGCCAAAGCAAACGAAAGGAAGACCCGGUAGACCGGCUGCCAAGCGAAAAAAUCUGGAUACUCCAGAUGUGAAGACUGAGAAGUUAGCGAUGGAGGAAGAAAAUCCGCCCAAGCGCCGGAGUUCCAGGCUGACCAGAAGCACUCGUUCAAUGGCAGAGGAUGGGUCUCCAUCACCGGAGAAGGAAAAGCCCGAAAAGCUUCCCUUUAUUAAAUACAAGGGUGCUAUAAAGUAUUUCACGGAGAGCCAGGAUAUUGCGGCAUCUGCUGACGAUGUUUUGCAAUGGGUGGAAAAACAAAAAGAUGAGGUAGUGCCCAUGGCCUUCGACAUGGAGUGGCCCUUCUCUUUCCAAACAGGACCUGGCAAGUCUGCCGUCAUCCAGAUAUGCGUGGAUGAAAAGUGCUGCUACAUAUACCAGCUGACUAAUGUGAAGAAACUGCCUGCGGCCCUGGUGGCCCUUAUCAAUCAUCCCAAAGUGCGAUUGCAUGGCGUGAACAUAAAGAACGAUUUCCGAAAGCUGGCACGUGAUUUCCCCGAGGUUACAGCCGAACCACUGAUAGAGAAAUGCGUGGACUUGGGUCUUUGGUGCAAUGAGGUCUGUGAGACCGGCGGGCGCUGGAGCUUGGAGCGAUUAACCAACUUUAUAGCCAAGAAGGCCAUGGACAAAAGCAAGAAGGUGCGCAUGAGCAAGUGGCAUGUCAUUCCGCUGGACGAGAAUCAACUAAUGUACGCCGCCAUCGAUGUCUAUAUUGGUCAGGUUAUCUAUCGUGAAUUGGAACGCCGCGAGAAGGUCAAGAUUAAAAAUGAAGAAGAGUUCAAGGAAAAGAACGGAGAUGCUGCCUUUAAAGCAAUGAAAGCAUUGGGAGAGACAUUUCUGACCAAGAUCAACGAGGUGACUCUGUAAGCUUUUCUUUGAAGUUUCAGAUAUGCCAUCUAAUUCCUUUUACCUGUUUAAAUAUUUUCGCCUUCUUUCAUUUAUUUUCGGGAGUUUUUCUUAGUUUAAUUUGUUACCAACGUGCUGCAAAAUAAUUGUUAAAUUUAAUAUUGCUAUCCAAUUCGAUUAUUGAUUACGAUAACAUUUAUAGAAUUGUUUAUACCUAAAUGUACAAAUUAUAAACACAUUUUGAUGCAUUGACUUUGAUCGGAACGAAAUUUUACUAGUACUAUACAUUUUUGCAUGAAUUCUAGUUGGUUUAUAAAUUCCCUUAAAAUUAUAUUAAGAUUAUACAGCUUUUUACACUUUUCAACUUGCAAUAAAUUUUAAUUUUGU